AUGUGGAUGGCCGAUCCCAGCCUCGGCAGAGACAAGGACCCCAACCGCGUGUCGGCCUACCUCAUGGAGGGCGACGUGCCCGUCGAGUUUGGCGAGAACGACGCCGACGCCGACGCCGCCGCACGGCCGGACCGCACCACCGACUUCUUGGACGAGUGGGCCAGUUCCAGAGAUCGGGAGGCGAUGCUGAGAGCCAAUCUCCAGCGCGGCGAGGGCUCGGGGAUCGACUUUGCCGAUGAUGUGCCGUGGGAUGACGAGCUGAGCGCGGCCCUUCUGCGUGACGCUGCAGAGGGUCUGCCACGUACGAUGACGGAGGAGGAGGAGGAGCACGACGAGAAGAAGGAGAAGGAGAAGGAGAUUGAGACCGAAAAGGAGUCGUCGACGAAGAAGAAGUAUUCGAUGCAGGAGCUCAUGGAGCUCAUCGCCGAAGGCAAGACUCCCGAGGACGUGCGACAGAUCGACGACAAGCCGCCAAACCCGGACGCGCUGGUGAACAAAGGCGACCGACAGCGCCCACUCAAGCCGUGGGAGCGAGCGGCGGCGGCAGCGCCACCCCCCGCGGUGGUGCUCUCUGCCAGCGGCAGCACGAGCACAACCGCCAGCCACGCCCAUCCUACAACGGCAACAGCGACGUCUCCCUCGUCGGGCGCUGCCACCGCCGCCACCACGGGGAGCGCCCCUAAGAAGGCGACCAACGCCGGCUUGUCCAUCUACACCGUCGAUUCGUUCACUAAGGAGGCAUUUGCGGGGAAUCCGGCGGCGGUGUGCCUGGUGCCGCCAAGCGUGGAGCUGAGCGAGACCACCAUGAAGCGGAUCGCGCGAGAGAUGAACCUCUCCGAGACGGCCUUCGUGCAGCCCUUCCCCGGCGUGCCCAACAAGUACCGCUUGCGAUGGUUCACACCCACCACUGAGGUCCAUUUGUGUGGCCAUGCGACCCUGGCCACGGCGCACGUACUCUUCACCGAGGUCGGCGCCACUGCGCCCGCGCUCACCUUCAGCACCCUCAGCGGCGACCUCGUCGUCGAAAAGGCCGACGCCGCGGCCGACGCCGACCCCAAGUCGCCGCUGCUCCGCAUGGACUUCCCGCAGGGCAAGCCCCAGCCCACCCGCCUGUCCGACCACCUUCUCGCCCAGACCCUCGCCGCGCUCGGCCUCGCCGACGCCGACCUCGUCUGGCGCGAGCCCGCCGCCGACGCCGACGCUGCGGUGCGUGCGCCGGUGACGCUGGUCUGUCCGGUGACCAAGAAGCUGUUCGUGGAGAUCGUGUCGGUCGACAAGCUGGUGUCGCUCAAGCCCAACGCCGACGCGCUGCUAGCGCUGCCGUUCGAGGCCGCCGGGCUGCCCGUGCGCGGCGUGUGCGUGAUGGUCCAGGGCGGCCGCGACGACCGCAGCCGGCGGCCGGGCCUCAACCUCGCCUUCUACACCGACAUGUCCUACGUGCCGGACCACGUCCCCUACGACUUCGUCACCCGCUACUUUGCGCCCUGGAACGGUAUCUACGAGGACCCCGUCAACGGCUCCUCCCACACCGCACUCGCCGUCAUCUGGUCCCAGGAGUUGGGGAAGGAGCGGUUGCGUUCGUUCCAGGCGAGCGCGAGAACUGGAGAGCUGGAGGUGGCCCUCGCUCCCAACGAUCGCACCCUCAUCUUUGGCCACGCCGUCACCGUCAUGGGCGGACGCCUCCGCGUCUAG